UGAGUCUCUCCUGAGACAAGAGACCCGUUACAAGAACCAAGACCGCGGAUCACGAUCCGAGUAAUAGAUGCGAAUCAUCUGUCCCUAUGACCCAAUCGAUGGCUUACACUUUUACUGUGCCGCAGGAUAGAGUUCAAGCGUGUUCAAGGGAUGGUCUAUUGAAAAUUAUCCAGCCGGAAGAUACCAAAAUGACGUUGGCGUUUUGGGGGAUCUCCGUCUACCAUGGGCUUGGGACAGGUGUGCAACACCAAGAGGCAGCCUACUCAAUCCCACAGUGGUUCUUUGGCAGGCUAUUAUCAGCUACAGACAACACUUCAGCCAUUCCAUUGCAGCAGACCUUGUCCUUGUCUUUGUUUCUACUGCACGGGCAAAUCGUUGGCCAUGUGUUGGAACGAGGCGCAAAACCGUGCGCGCGCGCCACAGCCCAAUUGGAUUCAUCCCACGCUGUGCCGUUUCAAUACAGAUUCUGUGACAUGUAUACUCAUCCUAUCUUGUCACCGUAUAAGCAAACAACCAUUUCCAGCACCAUGUUUUCCCUUCAAAGCACGCGCGGGAACGGCCACUACGGCCCCAGAUUUAGCCGCCCGUUUCCCCUAAUCAAGGCUCUUCCCGCGGACGCCAAAAAAGGGUCGAUUUCGAGCUUCAUCUUCUACAAAAGAAAUGGUUUAAGUGCCAGAUCGAGCCGGCUUCACCGACGGCAUCAUACUGAUUAGGGGUAAUGCUUGCGAAUUUCGACGAUCAAACAUGACAACGUAAACUCUAGGGCAGGGGAGGGAAACAAAGAUCUGCCAGAUGUGAAGAUAGGAUCAGAUAAUGCAGGGCCCUAAGGAUAUCGUUGCUACUGUUACAACGCGCGGAUGUCCAGCUCGCAAGCUGAUACUCUUCGAGGAAUCAGCGUUACAA